AUGGAUAUCAAGGGAAUCAAGAAAGAACAGGACGUUUAUGUGCCCCAGAAAUCAUACGAUGAAGCUAACUCUGAUGUGGUUGAAGCUGCCGCCACCGUUCAGAUGAAAACUAGGUUUUUGGAGACUCUGAGGCACAGAUUGAAAGAGGUGGAGGAAGAAGCUGAUGGGCUUCGCCAAGCGUUGGCGAAGCAAGAGAGAGAGAUUCGCGUGGUCCAAGGCAGCUUAGAAGGCCAAACUGGUGGCUCUGCUGUGGCCAUUAAGGUAGAACCGAAGGUAGAGAUAAAGGAAGAGCCAAAGGAAGACAGUGACGCUCGUUCAAUAUUUGUUGGUAAUGUUGACUAUGCAUGCACGGCUGAGGAGGUGCAACAUCAUUUUCAAUCUUGUGGGACCAUCAACAGGGUUACAGUUAUGACAGACACAUUUGGUCAGCCCAAAGGUUUUGCCUAUGUGGAGUUUGUGGAGGUUGAGGCUGUUCAAAAUGCUCUACUGCUGAAUGAAACAGAAUUACACAGUCGUCAGAUUAAGGUAUGUGUUAAGAGGACUAAUAUUCCUGGCAUGAAUCAGUAUCGUGGGAUGCGUCCAUUUUCGAAUUAUGGGUAUGGGAGCUUCCCGAGGUUUAAGCGUCCUGUGCACUACAAGCCAUAUUGA